GAAGUAGUUCCAGUCAUCCCCUGCUUUGAUGGUGAACGGCUAUCGUGUCUUACUUUGCGAUCAUUUUUGUUCUGUAUAAUUGUAUAAUUUCGUUAUUGGUAUACCAUUCAAAAUCAUGGCAGACAAACAACGUGUUUGUAUCGUCGGAUCAGGAAAUUGGGGUUCGGCUAUUGCUAAGAUAGUUGGAGCAAAUGCCGCUAAACUUAAUAACUUUGAAGAUCGCGUUACAAUGUAUGUUUACGAAGAAAUCAUCAAUGGAAAAAAACUGACUGAAAUUAUUAAUGAAACGCAUGAAAACGUGAAGUAUCUUCCGGGACAUACACUCCCGCCUAAUGUGGUUGCAGUUCCUGAUGUAGUGGAAGCUGCUAAAGAUGCAGAUAUCUUGAUUUUUGUAAUACCACAUCAAUUUAUCAACAGAAUAUGUGCUACGUUAUUAGGGAAAAUUAAGCCUUCAGCUGUUGGCCUUUCUUUGAUAAAGGGCUUUGAUAAAAAAGAGGGAGGUGGUAUUGAACUUAUAUCACACAUAAUUAAUAAGCAACUUCACAUUCCUGUUUCCGUUUUAAUGGGGGCAAAUUUGGCUUCUGAAGUUGCUGAAGAAAUGUUUUGUGAAACUACUAUUGGUUGCAAGGAUAAAAAUAUGGCUCCUAUACUAAGAGAUUUAAUACAAACCUCAUACUUUAGAGUUGUAGUGGUUGAAGAUGUUGAUUCAGUUGAAUGUUGCGGGGCAUUAAAGAACAUAGUAGCCUGCGGCGCUGGUUUCGUUGAUGGUUUAGGUCUCGGUGAUAAUACAAAGGCUGCUGUUAUCAGAUUAGGUCUUAUGGAAAUGAUCAAAUUCGUGGAUGUCUUUUUCCCUGGUGGAAAACUUUCUACUUUCUUUGAAAGUUGUGGUGUUGCUGAUCUUAUUACUACCUGUUAUGGUGGUCGCAAUCGUAGAGUUUCUGAAGCUUUUGUAAAAUCUGGCAAGACAAUCGAAGAAUUGGAGAAGGAAAUGCUAAAUGGGCAGAAAUUACAAGGUCCGUUUACUGCUGAAGAGGUGAAUUACAUGUUAAAAGCGCAAAAUAUGGAGAACAGGUUUCCCCUUUUCACGGCUGUACAUAGGAUCUGUACCGGUGAGAUAAAGCCUACGGAACUAAUUGAGUACAUACGCAAUCAUCCAGAGCACAUAUUACAGAUAAUUUGAAGUCUCUUCCUCACAUCUAAUGAAACAUUGAUAUUGGAAAAAAUUUACGAAAGGAUUAUUUUUAGCUUCUUAACUGCUGUAUCUUCUUGAGAAGCAAUCUAUAAGAAUCUUUAUCAAAUCGGAGAAAGACGAUAGAACAAACUGUAGAAAGGAAAGCUAUUUAAGGACCAUGGAUUUUUCUAAACUUUACUACGUAUUAAUGUUGAUUAAUACUCCUCAAGGAAAUUGAUUGAUGACAUAAUUUAAAUUGUUAUUUAUCUUCGUUUCCUGUGUUGCCAUAUUUUUUUAGUUCAUAUCUUAAUUUAUACUUCCAAUUGUGAAUUAGAUUAACAUUCUAAAAAUAACUAUAGCGCGUAUAAUAGUAAUUUCAACACACCCUUAACAGCACCAUUGAAUCACGUAGCUGAUAUCUUCUUAAGUGCGUAUAAAAUAUACGAAACGCAAAAUAAAAUGUCACUUUACGAAAGAGUAGUAGAAACUACUGAAACGAAGUAGUAGGUAAUACGUUAAAAUGUAAUGUGUUAUGCGUUGUUGUAUAUUUUAAUGAAAAUUUUACGAGGAUUGUUGUAUGUUAGAAGUUAAGAAGAGUCUAUAAAUAAAUAUUUUAGAUAUCUCAAUUUUGUGUCGUUAGAUUCCGAUAGUUCAUUAUUGCUGUAUCAUAGAACUGAAAUUAUCUUGAACAGUGUAAUAUAAAACGUAACAAAUAUACGACUAUUACUUGUUAAUUGAUAAA